AUGUCAACAUCUAGCUCUAGGUCUUCUUCACAAUCUAGUAGAGGUAUGACUGAUAUAACAUGGACACAUGUUAUUGAUGGUGUAAAUCCAAAUGGAAGGAAGACAUUAAAAUGUCUUCAUCGUGGGAAAGUAACUAGAGGAGGAGGUAUUUUUAGAAUGAAACAGCAUCUAGCUGGAACAAAGGGGGAUGUUGGUGCUUGUUUAAAAGUUCCUUUUGAUGUUCAAUACUUGAUGAGAGAAUCACUAAAAGACAUUAGGAUAAAGAAUAAAGAGAAGGUUGAUUCUAGUAAGUAUAAUACUCCCUACGGUGCUCCCAUACAUAGAUUGGAGGGAGAUAUGUUAAAUGAAGAUAAUGAAGAGUUUUGUCCAUCAGAAAUUCACAUAAAUGAAAGUAGGUUUGGCAGUCAACAGAAACUUUUGGUGGAUGCUAUGACUGCAAUUGAGUCUGGGUAUAAACACCCAAAUUAUCAUGGUUUGCGUGUCAAUUUGUUAAGAGAUGCUAAGAAGGAAGUGCAGCUUUUUGUUGAUAGUUACAGAAAGAUUUGGGAAAACGUUGGAUGUAUUUUAAUGGCUGAUGGUUGGACUGAUAAUUCACAUAGGUCAUUGAUAAAUUUUAUGGUGUAUUGUCCUAAGGGAGUUUGUUUUGUGAAAUCAAUUGAUGCUUCAGAUGUUGUGAAGGAUGUUGGGACAUUGUUGAAGAUGUUUGAGGAGGUAGCUUUAUGGAUUGAACCAAAUAGUAUUGUCCAUUUUGUCUCAGACAAUGGAUCCAAUUAUAAAGCUGCUAGAAGAAUGUUGUCUGAGAAAUAUCCGAGUAUUACUUGGUCGCCUUGUGCAACACAUAGCAUAAAUUUGGUGUUAAAAGACAUAGUUGAGAUGGAUCACAUAGUUUAUCUUGCGAGACGUGCUUCUGAGGUGACGAAGUUUGUAUAUAAUCAUACAUUUUUUAUAGCUUGGUUGAGGAGAAGACAGGGUUGGAAAGAAAUUGUCCGUCCGAGCGCGACCCGUUUUGCUAUAACUUUUAUUGCAAUGAGAAGCCUUUAUGAGCACAAACAUGACUUGCAAGCCAUGGUGACAGAUAAGUCAUUUGUCGAUUCUUGA